GGAGAGGGGGGAGGCCCCGGCCCGGCUGGCAGCGGGAGGUGCAGGCCUCGGAGCGGAACGACACGGCUAAGCCCUGGGGCACCCCCUGCAUUGAUAAACAGGAGCGCGGCCCUUGCCGCCCGUUAGUAUGUGUGUUGAAUACAGCCCGGUGUCAGAUUUGACACUUGGAUGUGUGUUAUCCCUGGGGAGGAGGGGGAGGAGGGGAGAACUCCCCGUAUUUCUAGUGUAAAGUCAGCCUUUCUGGUCAUUCUUAUAGUUUGUGACAUCCAUCUCUUUAUUUUCACCUUCUUGUAUGACCUUAGGUAUUGCAGCUGAAGUCAACUUACGCAUAAUGGAGAAGCCACGUGAAAUAUUUAAAUAAAGCAUUUUAGAAUGGGGAAUAGCGUGCCUACUUCUGUAGGAUUGUCUAACGAUGCUGCUGUGAAUCAAAUACAGGAGAUAAUUUCAGCGAACUGUGUGGUGAUUUUCUCAAAAACAACAUGCUACUACUGCAAGAUGGCAAAAAAACUUUUUGAUGAUAUGAAUGUAAAUUACACGGCUGUAGAACUGGACAUGAAUACAAAUGGAAGUCAAUUUCAAGACAUUCUUCACCAGAUGACAGGUGCCAGAACACUCCCAAGAGUGUUUGUCAAUGGGACUUUCGUUGGAGGUGCUACAGACACUAAGAAGCUUCAUGAGGAAGGGAAACUGCUUCCGUUAGUUCAUCAGUGUCAAGUGAAAUGAAAAUCCUGAACAGCCAUAGUCUUUCUUUGUAUAAUCAGAAUUUCAGACAAGUUAGAAGAUCACAAAGAUACGCUGCAUCAGCUGGACUCAACAUCUUCAAGCUGUGUAUCGCUGAUCAUUCUCUGACACUGAUUUUGUGGACUUGGCAAAUGACUUGGUGUCCUUGUCUCAGCUCUGCCACCACCAAAAUGGUGAUAAAAAACAUUAUGUAACUUUUAAGCUUUAAGUGUGAGACAGUGAUCUCAUUUGAUUGCUAUUACAUCCUGAUACUGUGCUUUGGAGAAGUACAGGCUGUACAAGAAGAAUCUUCUUGUUCUUUUGCUGCAAGUUAGUUUGCUUUCUAGCUUUGUUCCGACAAUUACAAUAAAUGGUCAGUUUAAUGUAAUGGUUCCUUUAAAUUUAAUUUUUCUGUGAAUGUCAAAUUGUAAUUAUGAAGAAAGUAUGAAACAAAAUAAGUUUGUAGUGGUACUGCUGUCUGCAUGUCUGUCCCUUACAUUUCAGUGUCUGAUCAUCUAGCUGCCAAGCUGUGUGUCCAGUUGCUACAGAAAAAGGAAUAAAGAUUCUUGCAGCUUUA